GAAGAGCCACAGUCCUCGGCCACGGCCAAGCCAAGCUAAGCUCCUGUCCGCACCUGCUCUCCAUCUUGCUCCCACCAUGAGCUGCCGCCAGCAGUGCUCCUCCACCAGCUAUGGAGGUGGUUUUGGGGGUGGCUCUUACCAGCUGGGAGGAGGCCUCAGUAGCUCUGUCUCCUCAAGCCGGUUUGUCUCUGGGUUAUCAGCUGGGGGCUAUGGGGGCAGCAUGAGCUGUGGCUUUGGUGGAGGGGCUGCUAGUGGUUUUGGGGGUAGCUUUGGAAGUGGCUACGGUGGUGGCCUUGGAGGUAACUUUGGUGGGGGUUUUGGUGGUGGCUUUGGUGACGUCGGUGGUGGCGAUGGCGGCCUCCUCUCUGGCAAUGAGAAGCUCACCAUGCAGAACCUCAAUGACCGCCUGGCCUCCUACCUGGAAAAGGUACGUGCUCUGGAGGAGGCCAACACUCAGCUGGAGGUGAAGAUCCGCGACUGGCACCAGAAGCAGAGCCCAACCAGCCCGGAGCGGGACUAUAGCCAGUACUACAAGGUCAUAGAGGAGCUCCGGGGCAAGAUCACGGCAGCCACCAUUGACAACAACCGGGUCGUCCUGGAGAUCGACAAUGCCAGACUGGCUGCAGAUGACUUCAGGCUCAAGUAUGAGAAUGAGCUGACCAUGCGCCAGAGCGUGGAGGCCGACAUCAAUGGCCUGCGCAGGGUGCUGGACGAGCUGACCUUGGCCAAGACUGACCUGGAGAUGCAGAUUGAGAGCCUGAAUGAGGAGCUGGCCUACCUGAAAAAGAACCACGAGGAGGAGAUGAAGGAGUUCAGCAACCAGGCGGUAGGCCAGGUCAAUGUGGAGGUGGACGCCACCCCGGGCGUGGACCUGACCCGGGAACUGGCAGAGAUGAGGGAGCAGUAUGAAGCCAUGGCAGAGAAGAACCGCCGGGAUGCUGAGGAAUGGUUCCACAGCAAGAGUGCAGAGCUGAACAAGGAGGUGUCUUCCAACACUGCCAUGAUUCAGAGCAGCAAGACAGAGAUCACCGAGCUCAGGCGUACUCUCCAGAGCCUGGAGAUCGAGCUGCAGUCCCAGCUCAGCACGAAAGCCGGGCUGGAGAGCACAGUGGCGGAGACGGAGUGCCGCUACGCCCUGCAGCUGCAGCAGAUCCAGGGGCUCAUUGGCAGCAUUGAGACCCAGCUGAGCGAGCUGCGCUGUGACAUGGAGUGCCAGAACCAGGAGUACCAGGUGCUGCUGGACAUCAAGACGCGGCUGGAGCAGGAGAUCGCCACCUACCGCAGCCUGCUGGAGGGCCAGGACGCCAAGGUGGCUGGCUCCGCCCCCACAGGAGGAGCUACCCCCAGCCCGAGCAGCACUUCUGCUAAAGCGUCCCCUCCCACUCGCCGCACUUUGGACAUGUAUAGGUCCUAAACCUGCCCGGCGUCCCCUCCCUCUGCCUCAGCACCCAGAGGAGAGAGCUGAUGGUUCCCUGUGGGAGAGAGGGCAGGGCUGCAGGAUGCUCAGUCACUGGGCACUGGGCCCCCAGGAGCCCUGCCCUGCACUCUCCCUGGGGUGGGGUGGGGGGUCCUGUUGCUCUUCUCCCCUGGUUGACUUCCUCUUCUUUCUGACCCGGCUACUCUGAUUUCUCAGCUUCUUUACUAAAAAGAAAAAUUAAUUCAAUAAAGUUUCCUGCCUUUUUGCAAAUGUA